CAGUUUCUGCCAUUCUCGGAAUCAAGUCAUUGUGGUGUUUUCAGUUGAUCUUCUUUGUCGAGUUUGUCUGAUCCAUGGCAGCCAUACUUGAAUCCUUGCUUGGAUCAUGUGCCAGUAAGUUGCAAAAUAUCGUUACAGAUGAGGCCAUACUAAUCCUUGGGGUGGAAGAAGAGUUUAGAGAAGUCCUGCGACGAGUACAGCUGAUACAAUGUUGCAUAUAUGAUGCUGAGAAAAGGAGGACAAAAGAGCUAGCAGUAAACAAUUGGCUUGGUCAACUGAGAGAUGUUAUAUAUGAUGUUGAUGAAAUCCUGGACGUGGCUAGGUGUAAAGGAAGCAAGUUACUUCCAGACGAUCCUUCUUCAUCAUCAUCAAGCAAAUCGGCUGCAUGUAAAGGCCUCUCAGUUUCCUCUUGCUUUUGUACCAUCUGGUCACGUCGUGAUGUUGCUGUUCGGGUUAGAAGCCUCAACAAACAAAUAGAGAACAUUAUAAAGGACACAGUAUUCUUAACACUCAACACGAGUAUACAUCCUACCAGAAAUAGUCCAACAUCCAAACUGAUAAGAAGCUCCAACCUUGUUGAGCCCAACCUUGUGGGGAAGGAGAUCAAAUAUGCUAGCAGGAAGCUGGUGGACUUGGUUGUUGCACACAAGGAAAGUAAGUCUUACAAGCUUGCUAUUGUUGGAACAGGAGGAGUUGGCAAGACAACACUAGCUCAGAAAAUAUACAAUAACCAAAAAGUUAAAGGAAGCUUCAAGAUGCAAGCAUGGAUUUGUGUUUCACAAGACUACAAUGAAGUAACUCUUCUGAAAGAGGUUCUCCGGAACAUUGGUGUGCAUCAUGAGCAAGGUGAAACCAUAACAGAGCUCCAGAGGAAGCUUGCAGAAACAAUUGAAGGGAAGAGUUUCUUUCUGGUUCUAGAUGAUGUGUGGCACUCCAAUGUAUGGACGGAUUUAUUAAGGCCUGCAUUACAUGAAACAAAAUCCGGAGUAAUAUUGGUAACCACACGAGAUGAUCAAAUUACAAGGAGAAUAGGUGUAGAGCAUACCCACCGCGUUGAUCUCAUGUCAGCAGAGGUGGGAUGGGAGCUACUUUGGAAGAGCAUGAACAUUGAGGAAGAGAAAGAAGUGCAGAAUUUAAGAAACAUGGGGAUUGAGAUUGUUCGUAAAUGUGGUCACCUCCCUCUUGCAAUCAAGGUUACCGCUAGUGCUUUGGCAACCAGAGAUCUAAUGGAGAAUGAGUGGAAAAAUUAUUUGGGCAAAUAUGCUGGUUCUCAGAGCAUGCUCUCUGAUGAAAUAGAAGGAGCUCUGUAUCUAAGCUAUGAUGAGUUGCCGCAUCGUCUGAAACAGUUUGAAGGAGACCACCCGCCUGAAGGAGCUCAAAUUAAUUGGUACAAACAGCUUGAAGGCCGUGGAGCACCUCCCGUUGCUCUCUGA